UCAUGUCAGAGACAUCGUUGGGUAAUAAGAACAAUAACUAUGAUUAACAAUAUUAUGAACCUGAGUUAAUGGAAUCCUCAUAAUUUUAAUAUGUAUUAUUAAUAAUAUAGAAAGGAAAAACAACUUGAAUAAUAAUAGAGAUAGAAUUAAUAAUUAUCAUCUUUUGUACCUCCUAAUCAAUAUUACAAUGGUGAUUACCUUUAGUAAGAAGAAUAAAAACCAUUAAAUAGAACAAGUCCUUUUGUUUUUACAGCAUAAAAUAUGCCAAAAGUAAAUUAUAUAAAAAAUAACUAGAUUAAUUGUUUUAAUCAUUAGGGAUAAACUUUUACAAAUUUUUGCAAAUGUAAAGAAUGCAUAUUGCCCUUAUGUCCAGAAUGUGUGAAAGAACAUGUAUAUGAGCAUUCACAAUUUAAUUCAUAUCCUAAACUUGAAUGUUUGGAAAAUAUUUUAACAGAUGUUCACCAAGAAGUCUGUUAAUAAGGUAUAUUUAGAUAGUAUAUAUUAAGCUAAUUAAUUGGAAUGUGCAAAAUAAGAUAUUACAAAAUCACAGACUUAAGCAUAGUCAUAUACUUAAGAAACAGUAUAGAAAUUAAAGGAAGCUAAAUAAAGAAUAUUAUAAAUAGUAGAAUAGUAUUUCCAUUCAUUAGAAAUUGAAUUGCAUAACAGAUAGUAAAAGAAUUUGGAUAAUUUUAAUCGUGAUGGAAAAUCAUUAAUCGAAAUUUUAUAAGCAAGAUUGACCUCUCAUUUAAAUUUUUUAGAUAAAUUAUAAAAACCAGAUUGCAUGUAUUCUCUACUACCAUAUCUAUUAUCUACAACUAAAGAAGAUAAUUAUUAAUGUCUUUAAACAGCUUAAUAUUAUUAUUCCAGAUUUAAAGAAGCAUCAUCAAUUAUAACCUUUGAUUCAAUAAAAUCGUAAUUUAUUUAUUAAAUCAAUUAUUAGUUCAUAACUUAGUUUAUAAAUUGCAUAGAUUGUUAAUGUGAAUCAUAAAGAUUUACCAGAGUUUCUUGACAUUCAUAAGCUUGCAUCUCCAGAAAUAAUUUAGAGCUAGGCUUUAACAGUAAAAUCUCAGAAUUGCUAAGUUUCUCAAAUAAAUUCAUAUUAAAAUUCUAAAAUUUAAGAAAGCAUUUAAGUAAAGUAAUAACAUGAAUCUUUAAUUAUUUAAUAACAACCAGGAUUAGAACAAUCUUAUGGUUAUCAAUAAAUAUAAAAAUUACCUCUGUAACAGGUUCCAAAUUAGUAAAUCCAGAAUCCAUUAAUUUAUAAUGGAAACCUAUAAUAAAUUUAUGGUCAAUAAUAGCCGUUCAAAUAAACUUAAUUGAUUUAGUCCAAUAAAUAUUAAGGUUAUCCCUAAAUGCUAUAACCUUAUCAAUCAGUUUAAUCUACUUAUCCUAACUUGAAUGCUUAGUAUAUAAAUUAAGGAUAUACAUCCUAAAGGUAUUAUUGA